CAUCAAGAACUCUCUCUCUCUCUCUCUCUCUCACUAGCUUUUGCACCCACAAAUAUUUUCUCUGGUUUCAUUUAAGAUAACUGGUUUUUGAAGUAUUUUCUUUCUUCUCUCAUAUAUUUAUAUUAUUUUUUUUUCUUUUAUUAAGUUCCAUCUUGGGUUGAUGGAAUGUUGUUGGUGGUGAAUUAAGCUGAUUUUUUGUUGGAUUAUUCUUUUUCUUUAUAUACUAUAUAUAUUUAUUUUAUAAUGGGAAAUUGUUGGUGUAGAUGGGAGCCUUCAGUUUACAGAGUCUCAUCAAAUGCAAAAUCAGAGUCUCCAAAAGACCAGAGCCCUUCAGAGAAACCAUUAAAGGAUAUUAAGAAGCUACCAUCAAAUCCUGAGGAAGUAGAAGACCUACGUCGAGAUUCAGCUGUGAAUCCAUUAAUUGCAUUUACAUAUGAAGAACUAAAAGUGAUCACCGGAAACUUUAGGCAAGAUGGCGUGUUGGGUGGAGGAGGAUUUGGUAGUGUUUAUAAAGGAUUUAUUACUGGGGAUCUAAGGGAGGGACUUCAGCCCCUUCCAGUUGCUGUAAAGGUCCAUGAUGGUGAUAAUAGUUAUCAAGGCCACAGAGAAUGGCUGGCAGAAGUCAUAUUUCUCGGGCAACUUUCUCAUCCAAAUUUGGUGAAAUUGAUUGGAUACUGCUGUGAAGCUGAACACCGGGUAUUAAUAUAUGAGUAUAUGGCUCGGGGUAGCGUGGAAAACAAUCUAUUUUCAAGAGUAUUGCUUCCUCUUCCAUGGUACAUUAGAAUGAAGAUUGCAUUUGGUGCAGCAAAAGGACUUGCCUUUCUCCAUGAAGCUGAUAAACCUGUUAUCUAUCGUGAUUUUAAGACGUCUAAUAUUCUACUUGACCUGGAAUAUAAUGCAAAGCUCUCUGAUUUUGGUCUUGCAAAAGAUGGACCUAUGGGAGACAAGACUCAUGUUUCAACACGCAUAAUGGGAACUUAUGGGUAUGCAGCACCUGAAUAUAUAAUGACAGGCCAUCUUACUCCUAGAAGUGAUGUAUACAGCUUUGGUGUUGUUCUUCUUGAGCUUCUCACAGGCAGAAAAUCUUUAGACAAAUCACGACCAACCCGAGAGCAGAACCUUGCAGAUUGGGCUCUCCCUUUGCUAAAAGAGAAAAAGAAAUUGCUCAACAUUGUAGACCCAAGAUUAGAGGGAGAUUACCCUAUUAAAGGAGUCCACAAGGCAGCUAUGCUAGCCUAUCAUAGCUUGAACAGAAAUCCGAAAGCGAGGCCUCUAAUGCGAGAUAUAGUUGAUUCAUUGGAGCCUCUGCAGGUUCCUGAAGAAGCUUCAAAUGGAAAAUCUGUGUUUACUGUCAUUAACAACGUAGCGGAUGGCGAGUUAAAAACAAAGGAAGAUUCACUGUAACUGCAUGAGUCUGAUUAUGUUUUGUUAAGCUUCUUCUCCAGUGCAAUGGUUGAGUUUUUGCAGUAGAUAGCUUUUCUUGUGCGUAUCUAAUGCCUUAACCUUUUCUUCUUUUCUUUUCAUUUCCUUUUUAAUUUUUUUGCCCUCCCUCCCUACUCAGGCUAAAGCUUGAUUAUGAUAUACUGGAAGAUGGAUUACUGUAAAAAUGAAUAUCAUUGGUGAUAUGUGUUACCCACACUUUAUUUUGUA